UCGCUGUGUGUGCUUAUGUAUGUUUUUUCAUGAACACUUGAAAAGUAAUCUGUAUCACAUGUGUGCUGUAUGUAAGUCUUAAGCCAUUCAGCUGCUUUUUGUGACGAACUAAAAUAGCAAAAUCUGAUAAAAGAGCGAUGUAAAUCUGAACUCUGAAGAUCAGAUACUUCAGAUACAGACAUGUUUUCAGGUAUGGUCUGAUCUAAAUGCAGUUAGCUUGUGUUCAUGAUGACAAAACGCAUGUGAUUUUCUGUGUGACAGCUGGACGUGUUGUUUGGAAACCUGCCCGAGAUGCUGGAAUUUCAGGUGGAGUUUCUCAAGACGCUGGAGGACGGAACCAGACUGGUGCCAGAUCUGGAGAAACUGGAGCGAGUGGAAGAGUUCAAGAAAAUCCUCUUCUCUCUGGGCGGCUCUUUCCUGUAUUACGCCGAUCGCUUCAAGAUCUACAGCGCUUUCUGUGCCAGUCACACCAAAGUACCCAAAGUGUUAGUCAAAGGUGAGAAGAUCACUGCUCAAACACACACGUAACUAUGGAAAUGGUGU